UUCUUUCUUUCUUUCUUUUCUUUUCUUUUCUUUUUUCUUCUCUUAAGUCCAUAUCUUUCUCCAGUAUUAUUUCGUUUCAUUUCUUCUUUCUCGUGGGAUUUUACUUCUUUCUUUCUUUCUUUCUUUCUUUCUUUCUUUCUUUCUUCUUCUUAUUUAUUAUUUCAUUUCAUUCCUUCUUUCUCUUGGAAUUUUCCUUCCUUCCUUCCUUCCUUCCUUCCUUCCUUCCUUCCUUCCUUCCUUUUCUUUUUUCUUCUUUUAAUUCCAUAUCUUUCUCCAGUAUUAUUUUGUUUCAUUCUUUCUUUCUCUAUCGCCCCUCUUGGGUUUUUUGCUUCUUUCUUUCUUUCUUUCUUUCUUUCUUUCUAUUCGAUUCUUUCUUUCUUUCUGUUUUAUUACUUGCUUCUUUCUUUCAUUCUUCUCUUUCUGUCUCUUCUGCUGUUUUCAUUUCGUUUUUCUUUCUUUCUUUCUUUCUUUCUUUCUUUCUUUCUUUCUUUCAUGCUUGCUCUCUUUCUUGCUGUCUUUCUUUCUUUCUUUCUUUCAUGCUUGCUCUCUUUCUUGCUUUCUUUCUUUCUUUCUUUCAUGCUUGCUCUCUUUCUUGCUUUCUUUCUUUCUUUCUUUCAUGCUUGCUCUCUUUCUUGCUUUCUUUCUUUCUUUCUUUCAUGCUUGCUCUCUUUCUUUCUUUCUUUCUUUCUUUCUUUCAUGCUUGCUCUCUUUCUUGCUGUCUUUCUUUCUUUCUUUCAUGCUUGCUAUCUUUCUUUCUUUCUUUCUUUCUUUCUUUCUUUCUUUCUUUCAUGCUUGCUCUCUUUCUUGCUGUCUUUCUUUCUUUCUUUCAUGCUUGCUAUCUUUCUUUCUUUCUUUCUUUCUUUCUUUCAUGCUUGCUCUCUUUCUUGCUUUCUUUCUUUCUUUCAUGCUUGCUCUCUUUCUUUCUUUCUUUCUUUCUUUCAUGCUUGCUUUCUUUCUUUCUUUCUUUCUUUCAUGCUUGCUCUCUUUCUUGCUUUCUUUCUUUCUUUCAUGCUUGCUCUCUUUCUUUCUUUCUUUCUUUCUUUCUUUCAUGCUUGCUUUCUUUCUUGCUUUCUUUCUUUCUUUUAUGUCUCAUUCCUCUUCUAUUUAAAACUUCAUCUGCCGCCAUUCAUCAAUUCUUUUCUUUCUCUCCCUCUUUUCUCUCUCUUUUCUCUCUCUCUUUCUCUAUCACUCUUUCUCUCUCUUUCUCUAUAUCUCUUUCUCCCACUCUUCCUCUUUUCUCUCUCUUUUCUCCACGAUUUUUCUCUCUUUCACACUUUCUCUCUAUCUCUUUCUCUAUCACUCUUUCUCUCUCUUUCUCUAUAUCUCUUUCUCCCACUCUUCCUCUUUUCUCUCUCUUUUCUCCACGAUUUUUCUCUCUUUCACACUUUCUCUCUCUCUCUUUCUCUAUCACUCUUUCUCUCUCUUUCUCUAUAUCUCUUUCUCCCACUCUUUCUCUUUCUCUCUCAUUUUCUCUCUCUUUUUCUCAAUCUCAUUUUAACUAUCUUUCUCUCUCUUUUUUUUCUCACUGUAUCUCUCUCUCUUUCUCUGUCUCUUUUCCCUCUCUCGUUCUCUCUCUCUCUCUUUCUCACUUUAUCUAUCUCUCCCUUUCUCUAGCCUCUUUUUCCCCCUCUCUUUCUUUGUCUCUACCUUUCUUUCUCUCUCUGUUAUUGAUUCGGGGAAAAUGCACGAUUGAAAAAACAGAUUGCCAACAAGAUUUAUUAAGAAUUCACAUAAUUUGCAUCAGUUGCUCAUCUAUCGACGAAAUCGAUACUGAACUCUCUCUCUCUGUCACUCUUUUUCUCCCUCUCUCUCCCAUCUCUCUCUCUCUCUGUCACUCUCUUUCUCCCUCUCUCUUCCAUCUCUCUCUCUCUGUCACUCUCUUUCUCCCUCUCUCUCCCAUCUCUCUCUCUCUGUCACUCUCUUUCUCCCUCUCUCUCCCAUCUCUCUCUCUCUGUCACUCUCUUUCUCCCUCUCUCUCCCAUCUCUCUCUCUCUGUCACUCUUUUUCGCCCUCUCUCUCUCAUCUCUCUCUCUCUGUCACUCUUUAUCCCUGUCUUUCCCAUAUCUCUCUCUCUGACACUCUUUUUCUCCCUCUCUAUCCCAUCUCUCUCUCUCUCUCUCUGUCACUCUCUUUCUCCCCUCUCUCUCUCUCUCUCUCUGUCCUCUCUUUUCUCCUCUCUCCCAUCUCUCUCUCUCUGUCACUCUCUUUCUCCCUCUCUCUCCCAUCUCUCUCUCUGUCCUCUUUUCACCCUCUCUCUCCCCUCUCUCUCUCUCUCUGUCCUCUUUAUCCCUGUCUCUCCCAUAUCUCUCUCUCUCUGUCACUCUUUUUCUCCCUCUCUAUCCCAUCUCUCUCUCUCUGUCACUCUCUUUCUCCCUCUCUCUCCCAUCUCUCUCUCUCUCUGUCACUCUCUUUCUCCCCUCUCUCCCAUCUCUCUCUCUGUCCUCUUUUCGCCCCUCUCUCUCUCAUCUCUCUCUCUCUCUGUCCUCUUUAUCCCUGUCUCUCCCAUAUCUCUCUCUCUGUCUCUUUCUCCCUCUCUAUCCCAUCUCUCUCUCUGUCCUCCUUUCUACCUCUCUCUCUCAUCUCUCUCUGUCCUCUCUUUCUCCCUAUCUCUCAGUCUCCCCUCUCUGUCCUCUCUUUCUCCCCUCUCUCCCAUCUCUCUCUCUGUCCUCUUUUCGCCCUCUCUCUCCCAUCUCUCUCUCUCUCUGUCCUCUUUAUCCCUGUCUCUCUCAUAUCUCUCUCUCUCUGUCACUCUUUUCUCCCCUCUCUAUCCCAUCUCUCUCUGUCACUCACUUUCUCCCUCUCUCUCUCAUCUCUCUCUCUCUGUGUCUCUUUCUCCCUAUCUCUCAGUCUCCCCUCUCUCUGUCCUCUCUUUCUCCCUCUCUCUCCCAUCUCUCUCUCUGUCACUCUUUUUCGCCCUCUCUCUCCCAUCUCUCUCUCUCUCUGUCACUCUUUAUCCCUGUCUCUCCCAUAUCUCUCUCUCUGUCACUCUUUUUCUCCCUCUCUAUCCCAUCUCUCUCUCUGUCACUCACUUUCUCCCUCUCUCUCUCAUCUCCCUCUCUCUGUCACUCUCUUUCUCCCUAUCUCUCCAGUCUCCCUCUCUCUGUCACUCUCUUUCUCCCUCUCUCUCCCAUCUCUCUCUCUGUCACUCUUUUUCGCCCUCUCUCUCCCAUCUCUCUCUCUCUCUCUCUGUCACUCUUUAUCCCUGUCUCUCUCAUAUCUCUCUCUCUGUCACUCUUUUUCUCCCUCUCUAUCCCAUCUCUCUCUGUCACUCACUUUCUCCCUCUCUCUCUCAUCUCUCUCUCUCUUUCACUCUCUUUCUCCCUCUCUCUCCCAUCUCUCUCUCUAGCCUACACCGAGUCAUUUUCUCUGUAACUGAACACGCUCUCUCUUCCGCUCCCUAUGUACUUCACUCAAUCAUUUUCUUUUUAACUGAAUUCUCUCUCUCUUUCCCUUUCACUUAA